AUGGAAGCUCUCCUUGAUAUCACCAUCCUCUCUUGGAAUAUUAGAGGGGCUCAAAAUAACAAUGCAAGAAGAAACCUAAAAGAAUUGAUGAGCAAACACAACCCAACCUUCAUAGCAAUUUAUGAAACUCAUGUCCCUUAUCAUAGACUUUCCACCUUCUGGGCUAACAUUGAUUAUACCCCCAUUCACAUCAUAGAAGCUAAUGGACAUUCCGGAGGUAUAUGGCUUCUAAAACACUCAGCUACAAACAUCUUAACAACUAUCACUAACUCCAACCCCCACUACAUUUCUUUCACUAUCAACCGCGGCCAUGCUUCCUCUUUUUGCACUUGCAUCUAUGCAAGCCCUAACCCAACUCAACGCCCCAUCCUUUGGAAUCAUUUAAUUAACCUCAGCCACUCCAUUGAUGCGCCCUGGAUGAUCAUAGGAGAUUUCAACGAAACUCUCCUACCUAGUGACCAAAGAGGUGGCGUCUUCCACCAUAGCCGAGCUGCUUCAUUCUCAAACUUCAUGAAUUCUUGCAACCUUCUUGAUCUCACAACCACCGGUGGAAAGUUUACUUGGCAUAGAAACAGUAAUGGCAUCCGCAUUCUCUCCAAAAAGCUUGAUAGAGGAUUGGCUAAUGUUAACUGGCGCUUGAACUUCCCGGAAGCCUUCGUGGAGGUUCUUUGUAGGCUCCAUUCCGACCACAAUCCUCUUCUCCUACGUUUUGGAGGACUUCCUUUAUCUAGAGGUGAGCGGCCUUUUCGCUUUGAGGCAGCUUGGAUCGAUCAUGGUGAAUACGAGAGCUUGGUAAAAAAUUCUUGGCAACCACGCACCCAUAACAUCAUUUCGGCCUUGAAUAAUGUCAAAGAGAAUUCCGUCAACUUCAAUCAUGAAAUCUUUGGCAACAUCUUCCAAAGGAAAAAGCAUAUUGAAAACCGACUCAAAGGAAUUCAAAAUUAUCUUGAAAGGGUUGAUUCCAUCCGGCACUCCCACCUUGAGAAAGAACUCCAAAAGGAAUACAAUCAUAUUCUAUUCCAAGAAGAAAUGCUUUGGUAUCAAAAAUCAAGAGAAAAAUGGGUGAAAUUUGGAGAUAAAAACACUACUUUCUUCCACACUCAAACCAUAGUUAGAAGAAAGAGAAAUCGAGUACAUAGACUUCAGCUCCCCUGUGGUACUUGGUCUUUCGAUAGUGAUACUCUCCAACAAGAAGCACAAAAUUACUUCAAGCUCUUCUUCACGGCUAGCCAAGACAAUCGUGACCGAACUUUCACUGAAGGUACCCACCUUUCCAUUACUGAAGAGGGGAGAAAUUCCCUAACCACCCCAAUCACCAAAAAUGAAGUUUAUGUUGCCCUUAACUCCAUGAAACCCUACAAAGCCCCUGGUCCGGAUGGUUUCCAUUGCAUCUUCUUCAAGCAGUACUGA